UUGGCAGGAUCCUGUAGCGAGAAGGAACAGAGGUGCUAGAAGAAAUGCAGAGCAAGAAGUCUAGAGUGUCAGCUGCAAAAGGUGUGGGACGCAGUGGUGCCUCUGAGCCUUGGGAAUACCAUCAGCUCUUCUCUGUAGGUCUGUUCACUGGGCUGAAGGUUGCAUGGUAGCUGCACUCCCUUCCCCAGCAGCCUGGCUUAGGAGGAGAAAGAAGCCAUCAUGUCCCAAGGAGGAGCAGCAGCACGCAUAGCUGCCAAGCCCCAGGACCGGGGAUGGGCAUGGAUGGUUCUGCUCGCCGCAGUGCUGCUGCAGGGGCUGACGCUGGGCUUCCCCUCCUGCAUCGGUAUCUUCUUCACGGACCUCCAGCGUGAGUUCCAGGCCAGCAAUAGCGAGACAUCGUGGUUCCCGUCCAUCAUGGUGGCCGUGCUGCACGGAGGUGGGCCCCUCUGCAGCAUCUUGGUAAAGCGAUUUGGCUGCAGGUUUGCUGUGAUGCUGGGAGGCCUGCUCAGUGGAGUGGGCAUGGUGUCCAGCUCCUUCUGCAAGUCCAUCAGCCAGCUUUACUUAACAGCUGGCCUCAUCACUGGUCUGGGAUCGUGUUUCAGCUUCCAGGCAGGAGUGACUGCGCUGGGCUACUACUUUGUACGGUGGCGAACACUGGCCAAUGCCAUGGCAUCCACUGGCGUCUCUCUCGGUUUCACGCUGUGGCCGCUGCUUUCUCAAUACUUGCUGGAUGAGAUGGGCUGGAGAAACACUUUUCUUAUCUUUGGAGGAAUACUAUUGAACUGUUGUGUUUCUGGAGCCAUCAUGAGACCAGUUCAGCUUGCAUCAGGGUCACUACUACAGUCACCCAAGCCUGGAGAGGGGCCAGAGAGAAGAGCAGAAGAGGCACAGCUCUCCAAUGGAGCAUCUUCUCCCCACCCCGAGCUCCAGCAGCAAACCAGAAGGACUGCAUGCUUCCAGAUGCUGCAGAAGUAUCUGGCUUUUGACAUCUUCUGUCAAAACAAAGGUUACCAGAUUUACACUAUUGGAGUGACCUGGAUGAUGAUGGGGUUUGCAUUACCGCAUGUCUACCUUGUGCCUUAUGCCAUCCAGAAUGGGGUGGAGGAACGCAGGGCAGCCCUUCUCAUCUCUGUUAUCGGGUUCAUCAACAUCUUCAUACGCCCUUUGACAGGGCUGCUCUCAGGACACAGAGUCUUCACAGGGAGACGCAUCUACCUGUUCAGCCUGGCUGUGCUUCUCUGCGGGCUGAGCAAUUUCAUUUGUGUCAUUUCAGCUGAGUUCAGCGUGCUCAUCGUCUACUGCAUCAUCCUCAGUAUAGCCAUGAGUGGCAUCGGGGCACUCACCUUCCAGGUGCUGAUGGAUGUGGUGGAGAUGGACAGGUUCUCAAGUGCUCUAGGGCUCUUCACCAUCCUGGAGAGUAUCACUCUCCUCAUCGGACCCCCUCUCACAGGUCUCCUGGUAGAUGUAACUAGUGAUUUCCACUAUGUCUUCUACAACUCCAGUUUCUUCCUGAUAUCAGCUGCAUUAUUCAUGGGGCUCAGCUUCUGCGCUCUGGAAAAAAAAAACAAAUUGAAAGAGGCUUCAAAAGUACCUUUGGAUAAUCCCUCCAGAUAUCAAUACAAUGAAAUGCCAACUGAACCACAGUCUGAAAGUCAAUCCCCUCCAGCAGUUGUGUACAUCACAAGUAUAUGAAAAGAAAGAAAAGAAGAAGAAAAAAAAAAAAGAUGAACACAAACAAUUAUGUGGCCUGUACAAACCUAAGCAAGGCCCAGCACUGAUGGCAGAUGAGAAAACAAGCAUCUGCUUUCCACAACUGUCGUCAUCCUUCUGCCCUACACUUCCACUCUGUGGGGCUGUGUUAGACUCCAAGUGAGAGAUCUAGACCACAGGCUGAGCCCAGAACCCAGCGGCAGCCAAAGGGCCGAAGGACAAAGAGAACUGUGCUUUCCUAAAGCAAACCAUGGGAUAACAGCCAUGGUAACCAGCGCUGAGAGACAAAAGCUGUGUCAGUUCAAUUGGUUUAAGUCAGUGCCUUUAAGAAGUCACUGGAAUUUCACAUGCACAUUUCAGUUGGUAGCACUGAACAAUAUGUAUUAAUGGCUAUGCACAGUUCUUUCAC